GUAACAUUGCGUGAGAAGCAAUGCAGAAGGACAGCAAUGAUGAUGAAUCCCUGUCACUGUACUGGGGUACUUGAAAUUCAAUUAUAGGAAACAGGUGGUAACAGUCCGUACAAAAAGAAAUAUAAAUUUAAGAAUACAAAAUUAGAAAAAAAAAAUGAAAAAGGAGGAAAAAGAAAGUCUCCAUCAUGGAAGAGCUUUAAAAUUGAGUUUGAAACAAUUUAGGAGUAGGAGGUAUCUGGUUUAGGAUUGAUUCUUGUGUGUUUGGGUGAACACGUGGGCGUGUGUGGAAUUGAAGGCACCACCAUGGUUGUUACAUCCACACCCUUCUUCUUCUUCUUCUUCCACGAGUCUUGGGUUGGGCUAGCUGGGAAACACCCCAAGACAAGGACCUCCUCCAAGUAAUUAGCAGAGCGAAGAAACAAUGGGUCGUCGUAAAAUUGAAAUUGCAGCAGUGAAGGACCCUAAUACGAGACAAGUCACAUUUUCAAAGCGUCGAACAGGUUUAUUCAAAAAGGCGAAUGAACUAUCUAUACUGUGUGGUGCAGAAAUUGCAAUUGUCGUCUUCUCUAUUGGAAACAGACCUUACUCUUUUGGGCACCCAGGUGUUGAUGCUGUCGCAGCAAAAUUUCUUCGACAUGAAACCAAAUCAAACGAUGUCAAACAAAACAACGUAGAAGUUGGUGACAUUAGUAGGUUGAAUCAACAACUGUUAGAUAUUGAAGCCCAAAUACUUGUGGAAGAAAAGAAGGGUUUGGAGCAUGAUCAGAUACUAAAACAGCACCAACUGUCACAACCCUCCCAAUUUAAGCAAUUACAAGAUUCGUAUUUAGAAUUGCAACGUAGGGUGAAAGAUUAUACUGAUGCGAUUGAGGUAUCAGAAUGUUUGAUUCUACUUGCACAACAACCCGUGGUCGAAAUAACGAAACAGGUGAAAAAAAGACGAAAGAAUUGAUGUUAUGUAUAGCAUGUAAUUUUGUAGUUAAAUUUUAAUUGAGUGUGAUUUUGUGGAUUGAAUUUAGA